GUGUCCUUGUCGCACCCUAUUGCUUUCCUUGUCUAGCGUCAUUAAACAAGGAGAGCAACAGCGUGCGACAAGGACAUAUACGUGCGGUAGACAAAGAGAGCAACAGUGGCAGACGAGAACAGAUUUAUACGUGCGUGCGACAAGGUUAGACACAUUUGUGCGGCUGAUAAAGAGGGGAAUUAUACACGUGUUACUGACGAAUGCGAACAUAACCUAAGUUAUGAAAAUAAAAGUACACUAUUCAUAAAAUAUAAUUAAGUUUUUGUAAUAAUUUAUAAAAAUGAAUAACGUCCUAAAAGAAGCAUUCGAAGUUGAAUCCAAAUAUGGUGCAUUUUAUACAGGAGGAAAUGUACAAUGGAGUACAGAUGGGAAAUAUAUCUUCUGCCAAAAGUAUGGUACAGUGUCCAUAUUAUCAGUCGAGAAUGGCUUAAUAAUAUCUUAUUUGGGAGAAAGGAAUAACAGUGAAGAGGAAGAUCCAAUCAACACAUUUAUUGCAAGUGACAAUGACUUAAACAUUAUCACAUAUCACAAAAGUGGUCUUUUUAAAUUAUGGAACUGGAAAGUUAAUAAAUUAAUUAAAUUAUGGAAAUCAAUUCAUAAGGGUCCUGUCGUUCAUAUUGUUCAUUCUGUUGAAAGAAAUUUAAUGGCUUCUGGAGGUACUGAUGGUAGUGUCAGAUUAUGGGAUUUACAACAUCAUUCUUGUACUCAUAAUCUAAAAGAAAUUCAGGGAGUUAUAAGUGUUUUAGCCUUUCAUCCAAAUAUUGAAAAAGGGCUCAUCUUUGCUGCUGGUGAUGAUAUCAAAAUUCAUGGGUGGAAUAUUGAAACUGGAAAAAAAGAAAUUACUCUUUCUGGACAUUUCAGUAAAGUUACUUCUUUAUCCUUUCUCAAAGAUGAGAAUUAUUUAGUCAGUUCAGGAAGAGAUAGAGUUCUCAUUUUAUGGAAUCUUUCUUCUGCGUCGUCAAUGCGAAUUUUGCCAGUUUACGAAGAAAUAGAAGAUACAUUUAUUAUUCCUAAAAAUGCGUUACUCCCUGUACCUUUUUAUGAUAAAGAUAAAAAUGCUGUACACGUCGCUGCUGCAGGAGAAAAAGGAGUUGUAAAAAUUUGGGAGAUGAAAACUGGGAAAGAAGUGUAUGUACAAGAAAAUUCCAUUGUAUCAACUGCAAAAGAACCUGGAAUUUUGUCAAUUAUACAUUUACUUUAUAAUGCUGCUAGUAACAACUUUGCUGUAGUUACAGUUGAUCAUAAUAUAAUUAUUCAUUCAUUAAAAACAUUUGAUUAUGUGAAACAGUUCAUAGGUUACACUGAUGAGAUUUUAGAUAUUGUAUAUCUUGGAGAUAAUGGAAGUCAUAUGGCAAUUGCUACUAAUAGUAAUGAUAUAAAGUUGUACAAUAUUUUAACUAUGGAUUGCGAAUUACUACGUGGCCAUACAGAUAUUGUAUUAUCUCUUUCUACUACACCAGUCAAUGUCUACUUACUUAUAUCUUCAGGAAAGGACAAUAAUAUUCGGGUAUGGCUUAUGGAUAAAGAAACAUGUAAAGUAUCUUGCAUUGCAUCUGCUAUUAGACAUACUGCUCCUAUUGGUUCUGUAGAAAUUUCUCAAAAAUCUGUAAAAUUUUUUGCUACUGUUAGUCAAGAUUCAUGUCUUAAAUUAUGGAGUUUGCCCGAUAAUAUCAAUUUUAAAGACACAUGCUCUUUAAAUGUUAUUCAUACAACAUUAGCUCAUCAGAAAGACAUUAAUAGUGUUACUAUUUCACCAAAUGAUAAAUUAAUUGCUACUGGAUCCCAAGAUAAAACAGCUAAGUUAUGGUCGGAUGAUCUACAAUUACUUGGUGUAUUUCGUGGUCAUCGUAGAGGAGUUUGGUGCGUUCGAUUUUCACCUGUAGAUCAAGUACUUCUGACGACAUCGGCAGAUUGUACAUUAAAAAUUUGGUCACUCACAGAACUUCAAUGUUUAAAAACAUUUGAAGGCCAUGAAUCAUCAGUAUUAAAAGCAGAAUUUUUGUCACGGGGGAUGCAAAUAAUUAGUGCAAGUGGAGAUGGUCUUUUGAAACUUUGGAAUAUUAAAACAUCGGAAUGUAUAUGUACUUUAGAACAGCAUGAAAGUCGCGUAUGGGCACUUGCAGUUAGUAGAAAUGAGAAGAAUAUUAUCAGUGGUGGAAGUGACUCAUUGCUAGUUAUUUGGAAAGAUGUAACUGAGGAAAAGAAAAUAAAAGCUGCAAUGGAGUUAGAACAACUUGCACUGGAAGAACAAAAAUUGGCAAAUUUACUAAAAGCAGAUAAAUUAACUUCUGCAUUAAAAAUAGCUUUAAAGUUGGAACGUCCUUUCCAAGUUCUUAAAAUUAUAGAAACCAUAUUAAAGAAAAAUGUCUCCAUUGAAGAAACAAUUAAUAAAUUAAAACCAAUGUAUAAAGAAGAGCUACUGAAGUGUGCUAUUACGUGGAACGUCAAUAGUAAAAAUUGUCAAGUUGCUCAGGUAGUCAUAAACGCAUUAAUGAUGGAAAUGGAAACUUUGGAAUUUCAAACAAAAUUAACUUCCACAUUGGAAUCUGUGAUACCAUAUACUGAACGUCAUUAUAUAAGAAUGACAAAAUUGUUACAAAAUCUCCAUUUAUUUACUUAUACUCUCAAUCGUAUGAAACCACAUAUGACAUCCGUAGAAAUGAACUAAGCAUAUAUCUAACGAAUAAGUUCCGAAAAUUUUUAUAUUUUUUAAACUGGAUCUUUAUAUUUUCUAUAUAAAAAUCUUAUAUAAAUCAUAUAUAAGCUUUGAAUAGUUUAUAUAAACUGUUUUACAAGAAUAAAUUGUACAAAAAAGUAACAUUUAAUAUUGUAAAAUCUGUAAUACUUAUUACAUAGUAAAUAAUGACAUCAAUUCAUAUAUAAACGUAUUUUAUAUAUAAGACAUGUAAAUAAGUUAAACAUAUUUAAUUUGAAAAUCUUAUAAUUAUUUAAAGAAUAAGUAUAAUUAUAAAGACUGA